UGAUAGCCGCCCACUGACAGAUCGCACAGAUGUUUCCUCCCUAGUGAGAAAAUUAAGCACCGCCGUGUUUAAUUCGAGCUACAGGCUUUUUAUCUCAGACUACGCAGCCGAUUCGACUCGAAUCUAUUGCAGAUAUUUCAGCAUCAAUUACAUGCUGGGCAGUGUCCCGACCAUGCGAUACCUAUCGGGGAAGUCAAUAUCCGCCUGUAGGUCCAGGGCCAUCUGUGGCAUUAUUACCCUUGGUUACCCGACAACGUACAAGGUCUCGCGAUGAACAAGGAGAGCCCGUCGACUGUUGCGAGCCUUACGGAGGCAACUAAUCCAAUCCGCUCACCGAAAGAAGAUGAAUCAACAUUGGGGUCCAACUACCCAACUGAUGUCUUCCAGAUCUCGCCUACGGUAGCACUGGGACUGCUGUGCACAGGUGUUGAAAUGCUUGUGGAAUCGUCCGCAGAAGAAGUGGGUUAUUCUCGAGGAGCUGCCGUUCCUGUUCCCGGGCCCCUAGUCCAUAGCGACAGUAUAUCUAGCGGGGAAUCUACGCCAAUAAGGGUCACUGGGUUAUAUCGCUCCACAGACAGCUAUGAUGAAGCAGGUCGUCACCUAAAACAGCAGAGUGUGCUGUCAAAACGAUUCUCUUCGAAACGCCAGCCACCGAUCACGCUGCAGGAGUAUUUGCUGCGUAUGCACAAGUUCUGCCCUAUGUCUACAGGUGUUUAUCUGGCUACAAGCAUGUACAUCAUGAGGAUGGCGACUAUUGAACGGGUGAUAGUCGUCAGCCGGAAGAAUAUGCAUCGUCUGGUGCUUGCUGGACUUCGCGUGGCGAUGAAGUCCUUGGAAGACCUCAGCUAUCCCCACAGCCGCGUUGCUAAGGUUGGGGGUGUGACUGAGCGCGAACUGUCGAGGCUCGAAAUCAGUUUCUGUUUCCUUGCGGAUUUCGAACUACGAGUCGAUGCGGAUAUGCUCGUCGACCAAUUAAGAUUACUCCGAGAGAUAGGCUGUCGCGGGGAUUCCCUCCGUUGAAAUUAGCCUUGAUACGUUCGUGGAGCGAGCAUAGACACUUUUAUCUCCCACUAGGCGAAUGUGCUUUGGAGAGGCCUGCAAGCG